UUGAAAUGAAUGAACUGAUGAUAGAUGUUUAGUAUUUGGUAAGUGUCUAUUCUGCACAUGCAGUUCCCUAAAUGAACUCCAUGUGCACAUAUAGGGAAUGACAAAUUAAAACACUCGUAUUUAGUAUUUGUUAAAAAGUGAGUUGAAUGUUAGAAGAAAUUAGAAAAGUUGAAGAAAAUGGAUGAAGUAAAAAAAGAUUGAAAUUAAAAGAGUUUUAAAAAACUCAAAUGAGUAAAAAGAAACUUGAGAGAUUGAAAGACUAUAAGAUUGAAUUGCAGGUUGCACUCGGAAGGCUCACAUCUUGGGAUGCCCAGGAAGAAACUGAAUCGGACGCAUCGGUUCGUCAUGCUCUACAACAUGAAACCAUGCAAACUCAUUCUGAAGACAAUAUAUCAUCUCAUUAUGCCUUGUCUAUGGAGUCUUUAUUUGACACAUAUCAUGGCGAUGAGUCCUCAGUUCGUAAUGACCAUAAUGGGGAAUUGGUUUGCUGCAACUCUCCUGGAUCCGACCCCUCUGGUUUUGUUAUGUCCCAGCAAGAUAUUGACUCUCUAAAGGAGAUGCGUGUUACUUCUCGGUUUGAUCCAACCAGGAUAGCCGUUGAUGCCAUAUAUGCUAGCAAAAUGGAUCUCGACUUUCAUUUGAAGAUGCUAGCAAUUUCCAACUGUUUCCAGUACCGCACCAGGACGUCAAAAAAAUCUGAGCUCCAUGUUGUGUGUGUGGACUUCCCUCGGUGCAAAUGGGCUGUUCGGGCGGUGCGUUUACCAGGCGUUGACAUGUUCCAGAUACGUAGGUACAAUCGUGACCACCAAUGCCCAAUUGACGUUCGCCAAGGCACAACACGUCAGGCAACUUAUCACAUCGUUGCCGAGCUAGUAAAACACAACUUUUGUGACGCAACAAUGAAGCCGUAUCCUCCCAACUCAAUUGUUACCGACAUGCGUAGGGAUCAUGGGAUCGCAAUGACUUACAAGAAGGCAUGCGAUGACCCAAGGAUCAUUGGAUACCUCAAAGCAAUCAGCAAAGAAAAGUGGGCAAGAUCGUGCUCAAAUAACCGUUUUUCAAUAAUGACCUCUAAUCUUGCUGAGUCGAUGAACAAUGUUGAUGCUAUCCCACGUGAAUAUCCAAUCUCACAACUUGUUGAUUUCCUAGUGGGGAGGAUGCAAGUUAGACCAGCUUGUGCAUUUGAGUUCCUGGUAUUUGACAAGAACGGCCGGUCGUUCGUGGUGAAUUUUCAGAACCGGUCAUGCACGUGCUGUGAAUUCCAGUUGGACCAUUUCGUAUGUGUGCAUGCAGUUGCUGCUACUCGUUCUCGGCACGGUUUGUCGUGCUACGACUACACAUCAUCAUUCUACACUGCUGCUUCUUGGAGGGCUACAUAUAGUGGGAUCAUACACCCAAUUCCUUCUAAAGAUUCGUGGGCUGUACCAGAUGACGUCACUCACACUCUUUGCCUUCCACCAUCUUGCUCCAAACGACCACCAGGAAGACCAAAGAAGCGCAGGAUCCCUUCAAAAGGUGAACAUGGGAAGCGGCAAACAUGCUCACGAUGCAAAUCAUCAUGACAUAAUCGAAAGACGUGUUCGAAUCCCAUUGCUUUAAGCCGUGCUUGACUUCUUUCAUGAACAUGUGUGCAACCCCCAAUUUCUUAUUCAUUAUUUACUCUUCUCUAAACAUUUAUUCAUUCAUUAUAAAAUUUGAAGGUUCAGAUAAUGUUUAAACAUUCAUGAAAGCAUUCUUUUGCGAGAAUUUGUUGCUCGCACAUUUCCAUUAUGUAUUGUUCCUUGACAUUUACUGAUUCAUUAUACACAUUUAUACCUUAUCCAGUUUUAAAUUUGUAUUGGAAAACGGUUCCAUUCCCCCUUGUUCAUUUCAUGUACAAUAAUGACUAAACUCACAA